CUCUCUCUCUCUCUCUCUCUCUCUCUCUCCUCAUGUUUAUAUAAACCUGUCCGACCUCGUCUCAGACACCCGGCCCAUGAUUAUUUCUCGUCUUGUGCUGAUUCAGACACAAAUCAUCAUCAUUAACCAAACCCCAAUUCUCAAGAACCUCUCUUCCAUCACUUUCCUCAACACCCCCCAAUAGAAGAACAUGGCAGCCUUUUCAUCAUCAUAUCAGCAGCAGCACCCUUUUCAUCAGCUGCUUGACUCAUCAGAUUUGCUCAGCGCCAUUGAUUACAAGAUGUCUGAGGAUCCAAACUUUUCUCUGUAUUUCUACCCAACUGAUGAUACCCUUCAUUGUCUUGACCAGACCAGUACAAAAGUCAAUAAUGAUCAGGGCACUUGUGUUUUCAGCGUAACAAACAAGAACAGCAUGGAUUCCUCGUCCGUCCUCACUCAUAACUACUAUGAUCAUCACCACCAACUCAUCAUCACUAAGAACCCCAAGAAGAGGAGGAAUUCCAAACAGGGCUCUUCUGUAAAUUCUGCUCAGUCUAAGGAUAUGAGGGAAGUGAUGACGAAGGGAAAAAAGCAGAAGAAAAUGAAAGGCUGUGAAGAAAACAAGUACUGUAAAGAAGGGAAAAAAGAAGCUCCGGCAGCUGGUUACAUUCAUGUUAGGGCUAGGAGGGGCCAGGCCACAGACAGCCACAGCCUUGCUGAGAGGGUGAGAAGGGAGAGAAUAAGUGAAAGGAUGAAGCUCCUUCAAGCUCUUGUCCCUGGUUGUGACAAGGUGACUGGGAAGGCCCUCAUGUUGGACGAAAUAAUCAACUAUGUCCAAUCACUACAAAAUCAAGUGGAGUUUCUCUCAAUGAAGCUUGCUUCUGUUAAUCCCAUAUCCUAUGACUUUGGGAUGGACUUGGAAUCACUCAUGGUUAGGCCACCACCUGAUCAGAAUUUAAGUAGCUUGCCAUCACCAUUAAUGCAAAGCUGCAGCCCUGCAACAGCCAAUCCCUAUGAUCCUCUCCUGGACAAUUGUCUUCUGUUUCAACAAUCCCAAAUCUCAAAUGCUCUUCCCCAGGGUAAUAGACAGGUGUUGUGGGGAGUGGAUGACCAAAGACAAAAAAUUAUAAAUCAGUCGAAAAUCAGCAGCAGCAGCCUGUUCUCAUUCCAUUGAUAAAAGUCUACCAUCUUGCCCUACAUGCAUCUGAUGUUUAGGAAAUUGAUGAAGCAAAAAGGGUAGUAAUUGUUUCCGAUGAUUGAGGUUGCUCAAAAAUUCUAAGUCCUAAACAUUAAUUAUUGCUGCCCGACCAAAUAAGUGCUGAAGAUCUUGUUGCAGACACUUAGGUACUUAGGUGCUGAAGAUCUUGUUUCUCGAUCGGCUUAGGUACUAGUUAGCUAGUCAGAAAUGUAUUAUUGCGUCAAAAAAAAGAAAAAAAAAAACUCAUGGGAUGUAUGUAUAUUUACUGAUUAUUAGUGCAUUUUCUUUCAUUUUAAUUUGAGAUUUUGAUUUUUUUUUUUUUUACUGAGGGUCUGUUAUUACAGUUAAUUUUACAGUUAUGGGUUUCUUUCCAUGUCUAGUAAUUUGCGGAGUUAUGUCUUUGAUUUGAUGCUUUGAUUCUGACUUGACUACUCGUACAUACCUAGUCUUUUGUGGGGUACCAUAUUUAUAUAUGGGGAUAUGUA